AACCUUCACAAGUCAAGCUGUCAGCAUGAACCAAGACAUGGUUGGAUACAUUGUUCUCCUGGUGAUUGUCACCCUCCUAAGUGUCAUCCAAAAUGCCUUUUUUGCAAGCAAAGUCGAACAAGAAAGCAAAAGCAGCACAGGCAAAACGAAUCAGAAGUGCUGUCCAUCUGCUUUUGAACGUGUCUUUACUGCCAACCAAAAUUGCAGAGAUGCGUAUCCUACCUUUCUUGCUGUCCUUUGGUGUGCUGGCCUGCUGUGUAGCCAAGUUGCGGCUGCCUUUGCUGGGUUGAUGUAUUUGUUUGUGAGACAAAAAUACUUUGUUGGAUACAUGGGAGAAAGGACCCAGAGCACUCCUGGUUACAUCUUUGGAAAACGCGUCAUAUUUUUUCUGUUCCUGAUGUCUGUUGCUGGAGUCUUCAAUUAUUACCUGGUUGUUUUUUUUGGAAGUGACUUUCUAAUCCCUAUAAAAAUUAUAACCAAUACUAUCUCACCACUAUUGCUCAUCCCUUAAAUCCUUGUAGAAUUGAAGGUGAGAUAGCACAGAAGAGAUGUCUGUACUUAGCCAAUCAAUAUUUGGAGAAAAAAGGUUGAAAUAGAUGCAUAAAUCUCCCCUUAGAUUGCCAUAAAUCUAAUGCUCCCAGACUCUUGUGGUUUUGAUUUAAUACAGCUUUUUUCAUCCUACAAGAAAGUGAUUUAUUGUACCCAACCAGUAGAUUUGUGGUAGGAGAAGAAUAAUUUCCUGCAAGUUAUAGAACUUACCAUGGGUUUAGUCCCUGUAGUUUCCUAUUCUUUUUGGUUUAAUUACUUUGCUUUUAAUAUAAGAUAAAAAGUAAUGUGUCUGCUUUUACAUCAAAAUGUCCACUGAUUUUAUAUAUCUAUCACUUCAAUCAAACUCAGGUUGUUCUUCAGAGUGUAGAUUCAAUCGCAUGGUAAUUAUCCUCAGCCCAGAGAGUUUAAUUUAAUAAUAAAGCGGAAAAUAUCUGUUUAGCUGAAUUGUUUUGUAUCAUAUUGGCAUUUAAAAUAAAGUUGUUCACAGUGAUGAAAUCAGUGCUUUAGCAUGUAUAGUGUGUUCUUAUGUAUUUCUCAAAACAUAGUACCAGAUGUAAUAUUGUACAUAUACACACAAAAUAGGCAAAUCACUGACAUUGAUGUUGUUUUUUUCAAAUGCCCUACUGUACACUUUGAAAUAAACUGAUGCCAUUAUGUUUUCUACUAUAAAGCUGUUCUCACAUUUGCAUGCCUUGCAGAAUAUGCCUUUGUAUUUGCCUUUUCAAACGUGGUCCGUGUGUGAAACGAUGAGAGUUGCAGAAGGAAUCCACAAAAUGUCAGCUGCAAAAUAAAUUACA